UCACACGCACGCAUUCCGAUGCGGCGGCGUCAGCAGGACGCGGCCGGCCGGAGCUGCGGGAGCCUGCGGAGACUUAAGAACUGUGACACAUCGACUCCUCCACGUUGCCGUCGUGUGCUGAACGGCCUCGACGUCACGCACCUCCCCAGCCGUCGGCUAUGACCGGAGCUGAAAGAGGAGAGGGUCCCGUUGUUACUCUCGGGUCUAAAAUUAGGGUGGCACCGCAACUGCGAUGACGCAAGACGUCCAAACUGGCCUGUCUACUCCUCUCCGGGUGACAGACGGGGUUGACAUCCAUGGAAACGGCUGCUUUACAACUUCGCUGUUGUGCGCCGGCAUGGUGUAUUUUUAGCCGUUGUUGUCAUCUCUCUCUCUCCCUCUCUCUCUCUCGGAACACGGCCGAGCCUUCCGCGUCCGCUAAGGAUAUAAAGGAGCCAGUCUAACAUGCAGCUGUACAGCAGCGCACUGACUCAUUACCCGCGCGCCUCCCGGAAACUUUCAGCAGCGGCGUCGAGCGGAGCGGAGCAGCGACCGGCGGCGGCGACAUCGGGUCCUCCCGCUGCGGACGAACCGCAGGCUACUCCGGCCAGUCAUCCGGCGACAGACACGCCGUCCCCCGCCGACAUGCCCGCCCUGUCGUGCUACGAAGCCACAUCGGUGAGUCCCGCUUACUUCACGUCGACGGCUGAAAUAAUAGUCCGUCGGCCCGAUGGAGUUGAGCAGUCCUUGCCAGUCCACAUCGUGAGGGGCUCCAGGACCAAACCAUCACCGGACCCGUAUCCAACACACGGCGAGGCCACGGCGGCGCGCAGGGGGCGCCACACCGACGCCGUGGUGGACUUGAUGGAUGCUUUGAACGGAGCGGAUCUGGUGGCAAACACGUUUUUCGGCAGUGGUUACGCCAACGGGCCCCGAAUCGAGGAGCGCCAGAGGAAAGUGGAAACUCCCAAAGGGGAUCCGAGAGGCUCGGUGGCCAGUGUGGCCCUCGAAAGAGACUUGUUGCAUGAAGGCAAUGUCGUAGAAACAAAGCAGCUCACGGAUGAAACUGGCCGGCCGUGCACGGGCCAUGCCAUGCCAUCCGAGGAAAGAAGGGCCUUUGACCUGAGCGUCCUGCAAGAGUCAACCCCACAGAGAGGUGACAUCAGUGACAAGUUAACCCAGUACCUGGCGGAAGUGGAGAAACAGAACAAAUACCUGCAGGAGAGGAACAAGUACAGAUUCCACAUCAUCCCGGAUGGGAACUGCCUAUACAGAGCCGUGUGCAAGGCCGCCUAUGGGGAGCAGUCAAAGCACAAGGAGCUGAGGGAGCAGACCAUGCAUCACAUAGCUGACCACCUGGAUGAGUUUAACCCCAUCAUCGAAGGGGAUGUGGGGGAGUUCCUCAUUGAUGCGGCACAGGAUGGCGCUUGGGCGGGCUACCCUGAACUCCUAGCCAUGAGCCAGAUGCUGAACGUCAACAUCCACCUCACAACCGGGGGCAGCUUGGAGAGUCCCACCGUCUCCACCAUGGUCCACUACCUGGGCGAGGAGGACUGCUCAAAGCCGGCCAUCUGGCUGAGUUGGCUCAGCAGUGGUCACUACGACGCCCUGCUAAACAGGCGUCUCCCCAACCCGGAGUACGAGGACUGGUGCCGCCACUCACAGAUGCAAAAGAAACGAGACGAGGAGCUGGCAAAGUCCAUGGCAGCAUCUCUGUCUCGAAUGUACCUUGAACAAAACGGCCAUGUGUGAGAGCAAUAGUUGGUAUAACUGAGGGGUUAUUUUGACCGAAGGGUAUAGCUAAACUGUACCAGUGGUGUCAGCCUGUUAUUUGCACUUUGAUUCUGCUUGGGGCCCGUUGUACAGUUAUGUGCUUUAAAUUAUUGGUUUUUUUUUAAGUUUUAUAUUGUCAGAGAAAGGAAGUGCAGUGCACAAACUAUGUUCUUUGUAUAUUCUUAGACCGUUUAGAUGAUGCUCCUGUGAGGGAUUAUUGUGGGUUUGUAAUGAGAUUAUGGUUGGAUGAGCUGAGUGAAGUUGAAAACUCUUCUUUUAGUUGUAGAGUAUCUUGUCUUUAGGGCAUGUAUUUAUUACCCUUAGGUCUCUAACAAUUAUUUUUCUAUCGUUGAAAGGCCGGUGACAAGAUAUCUUGAAAUAGACAACAAAGGAAAUCCAUUGUUGGCACGUACUUCCUGUUUACAUUCAGUUUAAUAUGGAGUGACACAACAGUAAAGGAACUUUAUCAAAUUCUUCAGUUUGUUGUUAUUUAUCGUUGUAUUGAGUCCAUAGUUGGAUUUCUUUUUAAGAAAAAAUACUUAGCAGGCCCUUGGCAACCUACUUUAAAAUAUACUAAUUUUCCAAUAAUGCAAUAUCUGAUAAUUGCUGACAACACUGGAAAAAAAUGUUUUCCACUAAUGAAGUUCCUUAAUCAGAUAAUAAGGAAUCAGUUUUUGGUACAUAGUUGGCCAACAGGGUAACCCUGUUUCUUCAUUAUGUUACAUUAGAAUUAGAUUAUCAGUCUGGCAGACAAACCACAACAACACGACACUGAGUCCAAAACACUGUUCUUAUGGUUCAGGCAUGUUGAGAGCCACGUAUGUUUCGUCAUAUUAGGACAAACAAAUGUUGAGAGGAUCACUACCACGCGGUCAUGUGCAGAAGAAAAAAAAAACGUGCAGAGGGAAAAUAUUUUGGUGCCUCACCACACCAAUUCCAUGAUAGGCCGGGGUGGCCGGGGUUAGAUAAGGACAAAUUCCGCAGAUAGCAAGAGCUCCAACAUGAGCCAGAUGUUGGGAGUUUAUCGCUGACACAGAGAGGCUGCGGGGAGUUUGGAGAGUCCCGCCGCCUCCAACGCCGCAGUACAUUUCAUUAAUUUAACUCAGCUGCCUCUUUCCCAGCUGUCUGGCUCAGGAGUGGUCGUUGCAAAGGGAUCCUGGGUCGGUGUUUUCCCCCACAACUACUGCGCUCGCCUCUCCCAGAUGCAGCAGAGGAAUGCGGAUGAUUAAGUGGGGAAGGCUGUGGCAGGUUACAGAAACGCAAAAUAGUUCUGUGAGCACUUUCAUGCGCACGGCAACGGCCCGACUCCUGGGAGUAAUCAGCUUAACGCGGCAUUUCAAAUAAAACGGCUGAGACGCGGCUCAGAAUAAACGGUUUUUCUUGCUACCCGGGUAAACAUGGGGCGUUUUGAUCACAUUAGGUGUCCUGGCUUGGUUUUGUUGUUGAAUAACGUUGUAUAAUAAAAAACAAACAACGAACAGCAACUUGAACGUUUACAUACGUCAA